CAAUAAUUUCUUAAAAGAAAGUACAUCUGAUUCAGAAAUUCCUGGUAUUGCGGGGACUGAAUCUCUUAAUCUCUGGACUGUGAAUCGUGAUGGAGAAGUUCGACUAAGGAUGGAGAACAUUGGCUCAGGGAGUGAGCGUCCAAUGACCAUUCAUAAAUAUAUGAUGGAUGCCGUCACCAAAUAUGGCAACUACAUGGCCCUUGGAACAAAAAAGGAUAAUAAAUGGCAAAUGACAACUUACAAAGAGUAUUAUGAGUUAUGUCGGAAGGCUGCCAAAUCUUUUAUCAGGCUUGGCCUCGAGCGCUUCCAUGGUGUUGGGAUCCUGGGAUUUAAUGCUGCCGAGUGGCUCAUUUCUGCUGUUGCUGCCAUUUUUGCUGGGGGACUUGCUGUUGGUAUCUAUACUACCAAUUCUGCUGAAGCUUGUCUGUACGUUCUUAACCACUGUAAAGCCAACGUUUUGGUGGUGGAGAAUAAUUUCCAGUUGCAGAAGAUCUUUCAGGUUAAGGAUCAGUUACCUUAUCUGAAAGCAAUUAUCCAAUACAGAGGGCACAUCACAGAGAAGUAUCCAUACCUUUAUUCCUGGGAAGAAUUCUUAGCCAUUGGGCAGGGUGUGGUUGACGGGAAGCUGGAGGAAGUCAUUGGUAACCAGAAGCCCAACCAGUGCUGUACACUGAUCUACACCUCAGGGACCACUGGAAAUCCUAAGGGGGUGAUGCUCAGUCAUGACAACAUCACAUGGUCAUCGACAACAGCAACAGGUAGCUUGUUGCUGAAAUCACCCCCAGACCAGCAAGAGAUUGUGGUGAGCUACCUCCCCCUUAGUCAUAUUGCUGCCCAGAUGAUGGACCUUUGGUUACCCAUGAAGAUCGGUGGAAUCACAUACUUUGCCCAGCCAGAUGCACUCAAGGGCACAUUGCCCAUUACUUUACGGGAAGUGAGGCCCACAGCAUUCCUGGGAGUGCCUCGAGUCUGGGAGAAGAUGCAAGAGAGAAUGAAGGCAGUGGGUGCCACUGCUCCCCCAUUAAGGAGGAAAGUGGCCGCAUGGGCCAAAAAUGUUGGUCUCACGACAAAUAUAAAACUGAUGAACGGGUUGAGAACUAAGUAUCCUACUAGCUACUAUAUUGCCAAGUGGUUGGUGUUUUCCAAAGUUCGAGUUGCCUUGGGUCUAGACCGCUGUUCCCAGUACUUCAGUGGGGCUGCACCCCUCACCAAAGAUACUCUGGAGUAUUUCCUGAGCCUUGACAUCCCUGUGUGUGAGCUAUACGGCAUGAGUGAGAGCACGGGGCCCCACACGAUCAAUCAACGAAAUAGCUUCAAGCUGAUGAGUUGUGGGCAGGUGAUGAAUGGUUGUAAGAAUGUGUUGGCCAAGAAAGACCCUGAUGGUGUUGGGGAAGUCUGCUUCUGGGGCCGCCACGUCUUCAUGGGCUACCUGGACAUGGAAGACAAGACGAUGGAGGCUAUUGAUGAAUUCGGCUGGCUCCAUUCUGGGGAUCUUGGGAAACUGGAUGCCCUUGGCUUCCUUUACAUCACAGGCAGGAUCAAAGAGCUCAUCAUUACUGCUGGAGGGGAAAAUAUUGCUCCUGUCCCCAUUGAGGACUUGGUCAAGGAGAAGAUACCAAUCAUCAGCUAUGCCAUGUUGGUGGGGGACAAAGCCAAAUUUCUCAGCAUGCUCUUAACCCUUAAGUGCCAGAUCAACCUAGACACAGGUGAACCUGAAGAUGAGCUUACACCUGAAGUCAUAGAUUUUUGCCGGAAAUUGGGCAGCUCUUCAAGAAAAGUGUCAGACAUUGUAGGUGGCAGAGAUCAACUUGUUUAUGCCGCCAUUGAGAAGGGCAUUGCAGCUGUCAACAGAGAGGCCGUCUCCAAUGCCCAGAAGAUCCAAAAGUGGAUGAUAUUAAGAAAAGACUUCUCCAUCUUUGGUGGGGAGCUGGGUCCCACCACAAAACUGAAGAGGCCCAUGGUGUCCAAAAUGUACGAACGAGAGAUCCAGAGCUUCUACCAAUAG